AUGCCUCACUCCCGUCGACGUCGACCCGGAAGCUGUCGCCGGCGGCCGGCCGGCGGUCAGCCUUAACACAGGCCGGGCUGCGGAGCGCGGUCGCCGAGGUUUGCGGCGGCAGCGGGCCGAGGCCAGCGGAGAGGACCUGGAUGAGCCCACUUCAGGUCGGGGCUGAGUGUGGGCGCGCGGUUCCCGGCGGCGUGGGACCCAGUCUCUGCCGGCCGCUGCUCUCUGCGUGUGUAAGUGUCCGUGGGCCCCAGGGCCCUGCACCGCCCGCCCCGAGGCCGCGAAGAGGCCCUCCGCCUGGGGCAGUAUGAAGGCCGCAGAGUUUUCCUCCAAAGCCGCACCUCGGCUGGAAGGGGCGAGUUCGAGGGCUCUGUUAGUGUUAGCAAUGGGGAGACGCGGAGCUGCCGCUGUCGCUUUGCAGUGCCUGUAGGACUUUGAGGGCCCGGAGCCCCGGUGCCCUGAAGAACACCCAGAUCGCCCCACAUGAGAUACAGUUCAUGCCCCCCUCCCUAACUCUGAAGUAAAAUCUUGAGGGCUGUCAUCUGGGGAAGCCACCUUGUCCAAUCAGCCAUGAAGACAGAAACAGUACCACCGUUCCAGGAGACUCCAGCUGGAUCCAGCUGUCACCUCAGUAACCUGUUGAGUAGCCGGAAGCUGAUGGCUGUGGGGGUCUUGCUCGGCUGGCUCCUGGUCAUACACCUUCUGGUCAAUGUGUGGCUGCUGUGCCUUCUGUCUGCAUUGCUAGUGGUGCUGGGAGGAUGGCUGGGCUCCAGCGUCGCUGGAGCGGCUUCGGGUCGACUGCAUCUGGAACGCUUCAUCCCAUUGGCCACCUGUCCUCCAUGCCCUGAGGCAGAAAGGCAGCUGGAACAGGAGAUCAACCGCACCAUCCAGAUGAUUAUUCGAGAUUUUGUGUUAUCCUGGUACCGUUCCGUGAGCCAGGAGCCAGCCUUUGAGGAGGAAAUGGAGGCAGCCAUGAAAGGGUUGGUCCAGGAGCUUCGGAGAAGGAUGAGCAUAAUGGACUGUCAUGCUCUUGCCCAGAGUGUUCUGACUCUCUGCGGUUGUCACCUGCAGAGCUACAUUCAGGCAAAGGAGGCCACUGCAGGGAAGAAUGGUCCAGUUGAGCCUUCUCACCUCUGGGAGGCUUACUGUCGGGCUACUGCCCCACAUCCUGCUGUGCACAGCCCCAGUGCUGAAGUCACCUAUACACGUGGCGUUGUGAAUUUGUUGCUUCAAGGGCUGGUGCCCAAGCCCCACUUGGAGACUCGUACCGGACGCCAUGUAGUGGUCGAACUCAUCACAUGCAAUGUAAUCUUACCACUGAUCAGCAGGCUGUCAGAUCCUGACUGGAUCCACCUUGUACUCGUGGGUAUCUUUUCCAAGGCCAGAGAUCCAGCACCUUGCCCAGCCAGUGCCCCCGAACAGCCCUCAGUGCCCACAUCUCUGCCACUGAUUGCUGAGGUAGAGCAGCUUCCAGAAGGGAGAACUUCUCCAGUAGCAGCCCCAGUAUUUCUAAGUUACAGUGAGCCAGAGGGUCCUGCAGGCCCCUCCCCAGAGGUUGAAGAAGGCCACGAAGCUGUAGAGGGAGAUUUGGGUGGGAUGUGUGAAGAAAGAAAAGUAGGAAACAACUCAUCUCAUUUCCUACAGCCAAAUCUUCGAGGUCCCCUGUUCUUAUGUGAAGACUCAGAGCUGGAGUCUCCGCUGUCUGAACUGGGCAAAGAAACCAUCGUGCUCAUGACUCCAGGCAACUUUCUCUCUGACAGGAUUCAGGAUGCCCUGUGUGCCCUAGAGGGUUCCCAGGCUCUGGAACCCAAAGAUGGUGAGGCAUCUGAAGGAGCAGAGGCUGAGGAGGGUCCAGGGACUGAAACAGAGACAGGCCUGCCGGUCUCCACACUGAAUUCCUACCCAGAGAUCCAGAUCGACACAGCAGACAAGGAGAUAGAACAAGGAGACGUUACCACCUCUGUUACAGCUUUGCUGGAGGGGCCAGAAAAGACCUGCCACUCACGGCCCUCAUGCUUAGAGAAGGAUCUCACCCAUGAUAUGAGCUCCCUUGAUCCUACUCUGCCACCAGUUCUGCUUUCCUCCUCUCCACCUGGUCCUCUCAGCUCAGCCACCUUCAGCUUUGAGCCCCUAAGCAGUCCAGAUGGCCCAGUUAUCAUCCAGAACCUUCGUAUCACUGGCACCAUUACAGCCCGAGAGCACAGUGGCACUGGAUUCCACCCAUAUACACUCUAUACUGUGAAGUACGAGACAGCCCUUGAUGGUGAAAACAGCAGCGGGCUGCAGCAGCUGGCCUACCACACCGUGAAUCGUCGCUAUCGAGAGUUCUUGAAUCUGCAGACCCGUCUGGAGGAGAAACCAGAUCUACGAAAGUUCAUCAAAAAUGUGAAGGGUCCUAAAAAGCUCUUUCCAGAUCUUCCAUUUGGAAAUAUGGACAGUGACAGAGUAGAAGCCCGUAAGAGCCUCCUAGAAUCAUUCCUAAAGCAACUCUGUGCCAUUCCGGAGAUCGCUAACAGUGAGGAGGUGCAGGAGUUCCUUGCUCUGAACACAGAUGCUCGUAUUGCCUUUGUCAAGAAACCAUUUAUGGUCUCUAGAAUAGACAAGAUGGUGGUGAGUGCCAUUGUGGACACCUUGAAGACAGCGUUUCCUCGCUCUGAACCCCAGAGCCCCACAGAGGAGCUGAGUGAGGCCGAGACCGAAAGCAAGUCCCAGACAGAAGGCAAGAAGGCUGGCAAGUCCAGGCUGAGGUUCUCAUCCAGUAAAAUUUCUCCAGCACUAAGUGUGACUGAAGCACAAGACAAGAUUCUUUAUUGUCUCCAGGAAGGCAAUGUGGAAUCCGAGACCCUAUCCAUGUCUGGGAUGGAAUCUUUUGUUGAAAAACAGACAAAGUUACUGGAAAUGCAGCCAACAAAAGCCCCAGAAAAAGAUCCUGAACAGCCCCCUAGAGGACAUGUGGACAGUUGCUUGUCAGAUGCAGCUGUGCCAGCCCAAGACCCCAGCAACAGCGAUCCAGGAACAGAGACAGAGUUAGCUGACACAGCCCUAGAUCUGCUCCUCUUGCUACUAACAGAACAGUGGAAAUGGCUGUGUACCGAAAACAUGCAGAAGUUUCUUCGUCUUAUCUUUGGGACCCUAGUUCAAAGGUGGCUAGAGGUGCAGGUAGCUAAUUUAACAAGUCCACAGCGCUGGGUGCAGUACCUCAGGCUUCUUCAGGAGUCCAUCUGGCCUGGUGGAGUUUUGCCUAAGUUUCCACGGCCUGUAAGGACCCAGGAGCAGAAACUGGCUGCUGAGAAACAGGCUUUGCAGAGCCUGAUGGGAGUCCUCCCAGAUCUCGUAGUAGAAAUUCUUGGGGUGAACAAAUGCCAGGUGAGCUGGGGUCUAGUCCUGGAGUCACUACAACAACCGCUUAUCAACAGGCAUUUGAUUUACUGUCUUGGGGACAUCAUCCUGGAAUUCUUGGAUCUCAGUGCCUCUGUUGAGAAGUCUGCUGCUACCACCUCUGCCUCAGAUACCCCAGGCAACUCCAAGAGGAUGGGUGUCUCCUCUUAGCUGGUUAUUCACGCAUUCUUCCCAGUUCAGGGAAGUAGAGUUACUCAGCACCAAAGACCAGUCAGGAAGCCUGUGCCCUCUACAGCUAAGAAGGCCUAAGUUCUCAGUGGCUCACUUCUCUCCCACUUCUCCAUUUGUAGCAGGUGGAAGGGGUAUAUGUGUCCCAGUUGCAUGCACAUUUAUUUCCAUGUUUCUUUUGGAACAUUGGGAUUGUUCCAAAUGUGAGUAGAUCCUGUUUCCUUUAGGAAAAGAAGCUGUGAGGUAGAGGAAUGAGCCCCUUUUGCUUCUCUUUUUGCCAUCCUCCCUGAGAUUGUUUGCCAGAAUCCUGGCCCUGUGCACACAUGUGCUUAAUCCACCAGCACACAAGCUCUGGAUAGAACAGGAAAAAAACCGUGGCCAGAUUUCCUUGGAGGAGAAAACAACCUUCUGAGCUCUCUGUUCCUAACCGGAAACUAAAAAUUCAUUCAGGGCCAUUCUCACAAACCAGACUCCUGGGUCUAAUCUAGUUUCCCAACAGUUCCAGAAGAAGGAGGAGGGAAGAAAAUUUUUCAAGGAACUUCUUGCUCAUGUGUUGCUGUUUCCCAACACAUCAGCCUUAUGGAAGAUGUCAUGAGGCUGCUUCCCUGGGAGGCUACACUUCUCCUUUCCAGAAGACUUCAAAGCUGACUGCCAAAGCUUCUGGUAAAUCCACCCCACCCUUCACACCCUUUCCUGAAAGGCAUUUGUACCACACAUUUCAUUUAUUGGCUUUUCUCCCAACCCCCUGCCCUAGAGCAAUGGAGUUUUUGAAUUGGUGACCCUCUCUAUAUCUUCAGCAAAAUUGCAUGACAAGCUGCAUAUUCAGCCUCAGUUUUUCCAAGGAGAAGGUAAAGCACUUGCCUCCUGUCUUAAGAAUGCAGAAAGAAUAGGACUAGCAAGCCUGGGGGAUGAAACCUCCCUUUAUAAGUCUUUGACAGAGAACUUUUAUUAUUCUGAACAGAUAAGAUUAGCAAACUUACAAGGAAUAGCUUCUUAUUUCCCGUUCCUUAUGGUUAUAAUUAGUCUUUUAACAACACCAGCAUGAAGGCAAAGGUGUUUUGUCAGACUGCAACAUCUAUUAGCAAGGCAAAGCAAUUGGGAAUUGCUGGAGAAGGAUAAACGGUGAUGGAAAAGGAUGCAGACAGUCACAGGGAAGUGCUGUAUAUUAAACACAUGUGAAUAGCUGGCAAAAAGGUGUCAAGGAUGUCACUGGGAGCCCUUUGGCUUCACACUUGCCUGUUAGCGCCUUGCUUUCACUGAAUUACCAGAGCCUGCCACUUGAAGGAAGGUCUUGGAGUUAGACUGAUGAGAAGGCAAUGGGGUGUCAAAAACAAGUAUCAAAGUUCUCUUAGAUUCUGAAGUAGGUGAUGAGCACACAAAGUGGUUUGUGAGAGAAACUUGUAAAAUCUUUUUACUUUUUUGCUCCUCUGGAGGCUUUUAACCCUAAAUUGUGUCUGAUUUAUUUGGGAGGCUUAGGUGUGCAAUUCUUGCCCAAAGGCAAGGAGAUGAAUGAGAUGUCUCAUGGCUCCUUCUAGCCUUAAAAGUUGACCAUUACAGUGACUUUAUGGCUCCAAAGUUCUUGAAGCAUCUCCAGCCCUAGACUUUGACAGGACAAGGUUGCUCAGCAUCUCUACCUUCCAUGAGUACCUACAGGAGUCCAGCCAAUGUAUUAGAGCUGAUCAUUCAGCUCCUUCAGUGAGGGCUAAGAUCCUAUUCUCGAUGGGCAUAGGGGGCAGCCCUGUUUUAUGCCACUUUUCUCUCCCCAUACCUUCCUUUCAUGUGUACUUAGCCACCUGUGUUGCUUUGAAUCUGCUGCCAGUUCUGCUCAAAUGUGGCACAAAAUCAGUACAUCAGACACACCAUGAAAUCCCUGUGGCUGUAAAUUCUAAGGAAUCUUUUGACACUUCCAGCCCAAAGAACUUAUUUUUAUUUCAUAUUAUAUAAGAGUCCCCACCUCUACUCCAUGUACCCCAAAAAGAUAAGCUGUCCUCAGAUCCUCCUUCUACCCAGGAGGGAAAUAAUGGAUAUUGCCAAGGGAACAAUCAAAACUUUGAAAAUGACCUGCCAAUUUUGGGUAGCAGGUUCAGACAACAAGAGAGUAACAACUGGUAGAGAGCCACAGGUUCUGGAAAAGAUGCUCCCAGCUGGCAGGGUGAGAAAAGGCAGGGAAGAAUUGGGCCUGUGCUAAUCCAGGAAGGUUGUUUUGUUUGCUUGUUUCUUGUAUUUACUCGUGACUAAAUUUUAUUCAUUUAAGUCAGAAUUUUGAUAUUUGAAAUAAGACUACUUUCCCUUUUCUUAAUAUCUAUAAAAAAGACGAGGCAGGGAUGCUGUGUUCUUUCUGUCCAAUUCUAAAUGUGAUCCUUGCCAUUGAUUAUUUGAAUUCAAGAAAGCUGUACUUUUUCAUCACAUAUAACUCACAGUUUCAUUUUCACAUUUUUGGAUUAGACUUAAUAAAACCUAAAUGGAAAGUAAAUUCCUAAACCUGAGCCUAGGAGCAUGUAUAAGUUUUAAAAACAAUACAGGCUACUCCUAUUUCCAUUUUGGAAAUUUCCAGUUUACAAGGUGAUUUUCUUAUUGUUGUAAAGAAACACAUAAUGUGAGAUCUGCCCUCUUAAGUGUACAGAACAUUAUUUGUUUAUUUUGAGAUAGUACAUUAUUAACUAGAAGCAGCACACUAUUUUGUAGCAGACUGCUACAGGUUUUUCAUCUUGCAUAACUAAAAGUUUAUACCCAUUGAACAGCAUCUCCUCAUUUCCCCUCCCACCAACUUCUGGCAGUCACUAUUCUACUUUCUGCUUCUGUGAGUUUGACGACGCCUCAUAUAAGUGGAAUCAUGCAGUGUUUGUCGUCCUUUGACUGACUUAUUUCACUUAGCAUAAUGUCUUCCAGGUUCAUCUGUGUUAUAACAUGUGACAGAAUUUUGUUUUUAAGGCUGAAAACCUUCCAUUGUAUGGCUAUGCCACAUUUUCUUUGUUCAUUCAUUGAGGGACAUUUGGGUUGGCUCCACGCCUUGGUUAUUAAGAAUAAUGCUGCAGUGAACAUGGGAGUAUGAAUAUUUCUUUGAGGCCCUGCUUUUAAUUAUUUUAGAUAAAUACCCAGAAGUAGGAUUGCUGGAUCAUAUAUCAUUCUGUUUUUAAUUUUUUGAAGACCUUCAUACUGUUUUCCAUACUGACUAGACCAUUUUACAUUCCCACCAACAAUGUACAAGGGUUCCAAUUUCUUCACAUCCCAUCCAACACUUGUAAUGUUUUGUUUUUUUCAUAAUGGCAUCUUAAAAGGUAUUAGGUGAUAUUAGUAUCUCGUGGUUUUGAUUUACAUAGCCUGGAACAUUUUUUAGUCUUCCUGUGUCCUACCCAGGUUAUUCAUUUCCAGCUACUGCUCUUCCUUUGCUCUUAGCACCCAACACCAAUUGUUAGGUCCUGGAUGAAGUAAAAAUAUGUGUAACUAUGGUGCCUGGCUAUAUGAAUCAGGAUGCUCUGGACAGGAAUGAAAUUAUGAGGAAAAUUUAUUUUCUUUCAUAACAUUAGUAUGUGAGUAGGUAAGCCCAGGAGUUUGGUGAUUCAGCAACUCUGAGACCUCUUAAGGGGCCUGAAUUCUUUCAAUCUUUCUUCCUUGCCAUUAAUUAGGUCAGCUCUGUUCUCAGACUGCCUGCCUUCCUGGUGCUGUAGUUUCAGGCAUCACUCCCAGAGAUAACAUUCAUAAAAGAACAGGAGCAUCUCUUCUGUGUUUUCUUCUAAGGAAUGAAGGAACCACUUCCCAGAAGUCCUUCAAGAAUCCUCUUCUAGGCCGGGCACAGUGGCUCACACCUACAAUCUCAACACUUUGGGAGGCCAAGGUAGGGGGAUUGUUUGAGGGCAGGAGUUGAAGACCAGCCUGGAACACAUCAAGACCCUGUCUCUACAAAAAAUAUAAAAAAUGAGUGGGGCAUGGUGGCUCUCACCUGUGGUUCCAUCUGCUAGGGAGGCUGAGGCAGGAGGAUCACUUGAGCCCAGGAAUUUGAGGCUGCAGUUAGCUAUGAUCACACCAUUGCAUUCUUGCCUAAGUGACAGAGUGAGACCCCAAAUCAAAGAAAAAAAAAAAAAACUCUUAAAUGACUCAUUGGCUAGAACUACCCACCUCAUGCCAAUCCACUGACACUGAGAAUGGCAUUGUGAUUGGCUUUCAAUAGUAUUUGCCCCCAGAGAUGAGGUCAUCUUCCGUGAAGGUCAGAUAUCUACAGAAAUAAUUGAUGGUAGCAAGAAAGAAGCAGAGAAUGGGUGUUAAUAGACAGUGUCUGCUCUAGGGAUGGGUCAUUCUACCAACAUUCAGCAAAUCCUCUGUCUACUCUCAAAAUGCCUGGUACCAGCUAAUAGUUAACGUUUUCUGAGAGCAUUACUUAGAGUUUACAUAUGUUCACUUAUUUAACCCACAAAUCAACCUUUAAAGGUAGGUUCUGAUGUAGUGGGUUGAUGCAAAAGUCAUUGCAGUUUUGCCAUUUUAAUGCAAUUACUUUUACACCAAUCUAAUAUAUCCCCAUUUUAUAAAUGGGGAACAUGAGGCACAGAGUGGUUAUGUCUUACCCACAGUCAUUUGCAAGGGAGUGAUAGAGCCUAGAUACAAAUCAUGUCAGUCUGCCUCUGAGCCUACAUGUAUAGCCACUAUACUAAACUGCCGUCUGCCUUACAAAGCAGAACAAGACCAGGUUCUCACUUUCAAGGAGUCUACAGUCUAGUAUAGGAGCCAGCAAACUUUCUCUGUAAAGGUCUGGAGACUACAUGUUAGGUUUUGCAGCAGUGUGGUCUCCAUUGUAACUACUCAGCUUUUCCAUUGUAGUAUAAAAACAGUCGUAGACAAGUCAUAAACAAGUGUGGCUGUGUUCCAGUAAAACUUGAUUUACAAAAAUAGUCAGCUGACCAGAUUUGUCUCAUGAAGCAUAGUUUGUGGACCUGAGGUCUAGUGAGUUAGAAUACUGCUUACCAAAUUUUAAUGUUUGUGUGAUUCACGUAGGAUCAGUUUAAAAUGCAAAUUUUGAUUCAAUACGUCCGGAGUAAGGCCUAGUAAAAGUGUAAGUGCUAUGCUCUAAAAAUGUCGAGAGCAUGAUUAUCACCCUCCUCUGCUGUUUGAGGGGUAGGGAGCAUUUGGAGAUGCCUUGUUGCAGGAACCCAUUCAGCCAAGCUGUCCUGGCAAACCAUACCUCCCACAGCUCCCUCCACACCGGCUGUUUGUCCAAUCUAACUUUGCACCGGAGCAAGAUGUGUUUUCCCAAGAUGAGGAGAGGAAGGUUAGCCCACGCUGCUGGAUGUGGAAGGGAAUGGGAACCAGGGAAAGAAUGGUAACUGGGGAGGAAGGGAAACCAUGAUACUUUUGUAGUUGAAGGCCUAACUGGGCGCGCUUUGCCAUAACUUGGCCCCUCUGCCUCCUUUCCACUGGAAGUGCCAGAAAUCGCAGGGCAGCAGUCGCUCACCUGCCUUUGUAGACAAGAAAAUGAAACCAUCAAAGGGUGAAUUUCAGCUAGCCUAUUGCCAUCACUCUUUUAUGGUAUAAAGGAUGAGAGAGGCGGUGAGGGAGACAUUGCCCCAAACAUGAUGUCCACAUCCUAAGACUUGCCUGAUAUUUCAUGUUACACAAAGACAACAUUGACUGGUUUAAGAGAAAAAAAAAAAAAAAAGGAAAUCCAGAAGAAUGUUUUAAUUAUCAAGCAUGAAACAAGUGAAAAUCAUCAGAAUCUUUUUCCUUCUGUGACUUGGUGGCAACAGUCUGUAAAGCCAAGGCCACCGUGAAGUGGUAGGGGAAAUUUGGGCACCCACAGUCACCUUGGCAGACACACGAUGCUAUUUUCAGACUUGUGGAGCCUUUGCACUGCCUCCCUGUCAUCCUCACCUGUCUCUGGUCUGAAAGUCCAUUUUAACUCUGCUUUCUUGGAGGCAGAAACAAGCAUGUGACAGGCUGCAGAGAAUUACUCCUGGCUCUGAUGUCUCUUCACCAGCUUGACAAAACCUGGUUUCUCCACCUGUCUUUACUCUCUAAGCCUUACCUGCAAGCGCGUCCAUGAAAGCCACCACCGCACCAUCUCUGGGAUGCAGAAGGUUAGGAGGGAAGAAUUAAAAAAACAAAACGAAGGUAACAGUAUCAAGAUCCAAACUUAGAAAACAUUUCUUGAAGUGACAUUAUCUGUUCCUUUUAACCCCAUCCCUUUGUCACCAGUGUUUGUUUAGGAAGUAUAAGCUAAUUUUAAUAUUAAAAUGUUGUAGUGAUUAAGAAGGUAAGUUUGUGAAUAAUGUAUGAGUCAUCCACACUUUUGUCUUUUUUCCCACCUUAUGUUCCAUGCUGCACCCUGUUACAAGCAGAGUUGACUGUGAUUACUUCCAGAAACUUUGAUUAACCCAUGAGAGUAAAGACCUAGCUCGAUAAACACAGAAGUCCCUGAUUGCAGACAAAAGGACUCAGAUAUCAACAAAAGCAAUGAUUUGUUUAUACUGUGUUCAACUGGAUGUGGUGACUUGUGAGCAUAGGUAAUCAGCCCUUUUGCCCGCACCCCUGGGUGAAGAAUCAUUCUACUCCUGAAACUAUCAAAAAGAUUAACCAUGAAUGUUGAUAUGAAAUACCUGCUUUUCAUGCCUUGACACUAAGGAGAAUAGACCUUAUUAAGGAAGGAAAAACACUUUUGGAGUUUACCUCCUUUACACAUGCAGCUUGCAUAGAAUCCAAAUUCAGUGAGCUGACGGCAGGCCAGUUCCUUGCCACUUUAUAAAGUUGACCCUCUGUUAUCUAUAAAUGCAAGUGGCUUAUUCAAGAAUAGCAAGGGCAGCUUUCAUUAAGGACUUGUGCAUCUCUAGGAGAAUCAUAUGGGCUUGGUUGGCAAUAGAACAUUUUCUUGGGGACAGAAUGUAUUAUAGAUGAUUUAGGCAGGAGGUUAGAUGAGAAAGUUCCACAAAAAUCUAGGGAUUUUUUAUUCUGCCCAAACCACCAUGUUCCUUCCUGCUUUCAUUUUUUUUGUUCAUGCCCUUCCUUCCACGUGGUAGAUUACCUGCUCUCCUCCGGCUGGGCAGGUAGGCUACCUCUGCCCAUAAGGACCAAUUCAAGUUCCCUUUUCAAGAAGCACUGUCUUAUUGCACCAGCCAAAACUCUCCCCACUUUCUUUUUAGUUAUUUACACUGCCUCUCUAGUAAAUGUGCAUGUAUAUGAAGUCCUCAGUAAGAGAUUAUAAUUCUUGAAGGGCAACAAACAUAACUUUUAUCUUUUUUAGUCCUAUUAUGUCCUUAUGCCCCCCAACUAUAUGUAUAUACCUAGUGCAUGAUAGGUACAAAAUAAAUAUUAAAGUUUACUUAAUUAAAGAUUGUUUAUUUAAGAGGCAAAAUUUGUGAAUAAGUCUGGAUCUUGAUACUGUUCCUUUCAUUUCGUUUAUUCCUUUCUCCCGACCUUCCACAUCCCAAAGAUAGUGUGCUGGUGACUUUUAUGGAAAUGCUUGCAGGUAAGGCUUGAAGGGUGAAGAUACGUGGAGAAACCACUGUAAACCUCUUUGAGAUUAACCACUUAUUUCAGUGGAGGGCACUGGCUAAUUUGUACCAGACCUGCCCCAGACAGUUUUGUACAUCUUGCAUGUGGGUGGGGACCCAAAAAGUUUCCUUUUCAGUGAAUCUAUUUGGAUGAGACAAAGAAAUCUGUUGCUCAAAUGUUUUCAUCAGAGGCUACCCCCUGUUCAGGUGUGUACCCUGCAUCCAUGUGGGUUUGUGGAUGGCAUAUGACAUUUGCAGCGCCAGAGCUCAUCGCCACAGAUCAAAGGGAAGUAAGCAUGCAUAUGUGGAUGCAGCAGGAAUAGCUGCGGUCUUUCUGCUGAAGAGCAGGGUUAUAUACCUCCUAUUCGAAAUCUGGAGAGGACUGAGGCAAGAGCUUGUGUUGAAACACAAGCAAGCUCCACGUAUGGUUUUGGACAUGGAAGAAAGAGUACUCUUGGGGUGGAAUGACUUAAGUUUUUAAUAGGAUUAGGAUUUCUGUGGAUUUUUCCCAAGUGAUAGAAAUUUUCUUCAUCUAGCAGGCAGCCUCACCCAAUUACAUCUCUAUGUUCAUUUCUGAAACUCCUUUGUUAAAAACAAAACUAAAUAGCAACAGAGAAGAAACUUUCUCAAAAAACUCUUAUAUCUGUCAUUUCUCCUGUUCUCACAGAACUUCAAAAUUGCUUUUUCUUUAUUCCUUUUUUUUUUUUUCUAUAUCAGCUCAUCAGUCUUUGUAGGUGACUUGGCUACCCCACUAAUCUAAUUGUCUUUUUGAUAGUUUAAUCAAUAUGGACACCAACUUAAGGCCAUAUGUGAGCCUUAAAUGCAUCAUAUUCCCUGUACUUGAUUCCACAAUUGAUAUUGUGUGAGGGAAGUUGGCCAAAUAUUCUCUUCUGUGAAGUCAGAAUAACCACCGACCCUAAGAAUCAACAUUUUGACCAAUUCUUUAUAUGUUGCAAACUAUUCACACAACUAGAAAGUUUAGCCAUUCACAUCUCUUCCCCUGGUUUUAAGUCCCAGCUUCUGAGACUCAGAAAGUUUAGUCCCUUGAACUUUCUGUGGAAAAUCUGUUGUAAAAACAGUUCAGACAUUGGAAAAUAUAAAAUAGCCCCCAGAGAUCCUGAUAAAGCUUCCUCUCCCCAAAUCCCUCUACAGGUUUAUCCAUGAGAAAGUUUCUGAAAACUGAUGAGAAAAUACUGAGUAAUUAAUGCUGAAAUGGGAAAGAUGGUAAGUAAAAGCAAAAACCUGUUGAUGGCAUCUGUUCAUAUAGUUCCAUGUGCCUUUUUACUCACCUGCACUGAUAGGCAAUGUAAUGAAGUUUCCUUUUCAAACAUGAAAUGUAAUUAAACAAAGCUUAUCUUAAAUUGGCUGGACCCACACAACUUGAUUGAGACGUAAACAGCUGUCUUCAUUUUGAAGCACCUACACUAGUCAAGCUUCUUUCUAACCUGCCCUUAGCGUUUGCCUGUUGGUCUGUCUUCCCUACUGGACUGUUAAUCCCUUGGAGGCAGAUUGUCUUGUUUCCCAGAGUUUUUCCAGCAUAUACCAUGGCAGACAAUUUUCUCCUUAUCUACUCUAUCUCGUAAGCCUCAUCUAGUGCCUCCAUCCUCGGGUGCAUAGCCUAGUGACAGGCAUGUAACAGAUUUUGCCUGCAAGUGGUUGCUGAGCCAUAAAUGAAGUUGGCAACCUUCUUGUGGCAGUGAGUAACAUAUUUCUUUCCUCCCGAUAGGCUUGGAAUCCUCAUCCCCAUCUGGCAAUUUUCUAUCUUUUCUACACUCACAGUGGAGCCCACACCCCUCACAACCCCCUUGACUAAACCAGAUGACAGCAAGAAUGCCUAGUUCCAAGUGAGCAAGGGUGAAGCCUUAGGCUCUUGUCUCCUCCAGACCUCCUCUCUGCUGUGAAAAUAUACUGGGGGUGGGGGGUGGGGGAGUACUUAACCUCAAACUGAGAAAAAGGAUGUCCUGAGCAAGUUUCAUAGCAUAGCAGCUCCCAUCUGAAAUGUGAAGCUUUGAAGGCCUGUUGCUACAGUAACCAGCUAGCUCCUGACUCCAAUGCCUGUCUAAUCUAAGGUGGAAAUGUCCCAGAAACAGACCCCAGGCUGGCAGCUCUUAACUAUGACCCAUCUCAUAAGCACAUAUCCAGCUGUAGCCUCUUGGUUGCCAGGGUGAAGGGGCCUCCGUAUCGCCACAGGAAAAAAAUCUGAUGAAUUCUGGGCUCAGAAAGGGUGUUGUUUUUUUUCCACUAACAGACUCUGCAACCCAGUCCCUGGUGAAAGGGCUCCACACCCACCCGUUUUGUGUGUAUAAUGCUGAGCUAAAGUGGGAAGGAGCAGUAACACCAAAGGAGGCUAAUUCUCUUCCUGUCAGUAGGAGAGAGUCUGUGCCCCCAGUACGUGAAAAGGGAAGGCAUGAAAAGGGAAAAAUCAGCCUUCUGGAAGCACCUUCUUACCACAAGAAAAAGGUGAUUCAGAGUAUCUUUGAGACUCAGCCAGAUUGUGUCUAACUCUUCAGGCAAUAGGAAGGCAGAGAUGGAGCCAUUUCAGAGAAGAGAUUUUUUUUUUUUAAUCAUUUUGUUCUUUGGAAUUGUCACAGGAUUAUGAUGUGGGUUCUCAUAAAAAUUUCCCUCACCCGAAACCCACCCAAAAGAAAGGCAGUGAAAUGGGGAGGAACACACAUUUGCCUGGCCUCAGAAGAACUGCCUUGUAGUCAUGGGUUCUGGUGAUCUCGGACCAAUCUCUUCACUUCCCUGGACCUCAGUUUCUUCCAUACAAAGAAGUUGAACUGGAUCAUAGAAAAGUCGCUGUCCAGCUUGGUAAUAUCAGAUAGGGAGCGGAAGCUGUCUCUUAGUGCAUGGCCAGAUUCCGGAACAACGAUGAUGGUCUCCAUGUUUCUCCUAAAAAUGAAUCUCAUCUCAGUAGAGAUUUCUUCCACCUCAUUUGGGUCUCAAUUUAAGGAAGGAAGAAAGGAAAGAAACCUUGGGAUUAUCUUCUUGAAAGGAAUAUACUUGACUUUCUCUAGGCUUCUAGGAUAAAAACUUCCUAUCCUUCAUUUUUCCUCUUUAAACCUGCCAAAAUCAAGUUGACUAAAGAUACUAUAGAGAUAUGUAAAAGAAGCUGCAUCCUUAAAUUUUCAUGGAGUCCAAGAGCCUGCUCACCACCAGUUAGCCUUUCCCAGGAUGGUGGUGGCACUGAUCAUCCAAGUCACACUCUUAUGUUCAUGUCCCACAGCGUUUCCCAUCAGCCAUCUCAUUUCAUCUUUUCAUCAUUGCUCUGAGGAACAGACUUCACACAUGUAUAGGACUUUUUAUAUCACAAAGUAUUUCAUUUCCAAUGUCUUAUUUAGAUCUUGACAAUCACUGUUUAAGGUAAUUUGGCAAGUUAUUAAUACUCAUGUCCUCAUUUUGCUGAAGAGGAAACUGAAAUGCAGAGAAUUUGUCUUCUGCCCAAGAUCACUCGCCCAGUUUAUUGGGAGGCAGCAGCACAGGGAUUAAGAACAUGGGCUAUGCUGACAACCAACCAGGUAGAAUCCCAGCUCUGCCAGUAGUUAGCUCUGUGUCCUUAGGAAAGUUAUUUCACACUUCUGUGGCUUAGUUUUUCUUGUCCAUUAAAUGCUCAUAAGAGUAGUGCUUUCCUCACAGAGAUUGGGUGGGCAAGGGAGCUAAAUGAGCUAAUAUAUUUAAGAACAACCUCUAGCACACAGUGCAUGAUAAAUGUCAUUAUUAUUAGCAAAGCCAGGACCUGGGUCUUCCAACUUCUAGCUCAGUGGCAUUUCUGCUGCCCUACACCAGGACUAUCCUUUGUAUACAGGUGUGAACCUAAAGCCUUCAGUGCUUCAAUGAAAAGUUCACCCAAGGUCUUUCUGUUCAGUAAGUCUAGAGCUAAGGGCUCCUGGCACUCUGUUCAGUCCUUUUGCUGUUAAACCACGCUGCCCUCCGUUGCUUUCGGCAGAAUGUCAAACCUUACGUUUUUAAAAUUUAUAAACCAAGCACUCUUAUUUAAUAUCACUGACGGCCUGAAGGCAGACGCUCCCACUCUUCUGGGGAAGGGGGUCUUCUAAUCUGCCAUCUUAAGGAGAGAAAAUGGCUUGAUUGGGUAACUCACUGCAGUGGGCACAUAUUUAUUACUGUCUCCCAGCCUUUUCUCAUGCUGUUUGUCCACUGGAAUUACCACUAGUGCCAGGCCAUUUGAAUAUUUGACCAUUUGUCUUAGAGUUCUCUGAGUACAAAUCUUGUUUUCCAUACCUUUAUUAGGUACUUUUUAAGAAUGAAGACUAUGUUGUAUGUUGGUUUGUACUCUCUCCUGCACAUCAAAAAUGCUUCGUAAAUA